AUGCCUAAUGAAGCGGCUGUUAUUAGAGCCGAGAAACACGUCACGCAAGAGAAUAUCCUCAGGAAAGAUGACUUUAAGGCAGAAAUGUCCAUGUCUACAGCAGCUUCCUGGGAUGGAGAAGAGAGUAAUCAUUAUAAAAGCUUUGCUGACCUCAAUAGAGAAGCAGCAGCUCUCAAACCUUUGGUGAAGACACGUUCUGACCAAUUAACCACAACUGGAGAUCAUAAUGUAAAAGUGAACACUAAGAUGAUGUCUUUAGGUCUAUCCAAUCUUCUCAAUGGUCCCAGUAUCCUUGCGAAGACUCUUAGCGGCAGAAGCGUAAUGACUGUAACAAAGAGACCAUUGAGGAAGGACAAUUUUACAGCGGAACCACGGUGGGAUUUUGAGGAAGACUAUUCUCUUGAUCCUUCAUCCACACAGACCAGCUGCCCCAUCUCAGUAAAAAUCAAGGCUCUUAAUUCUUCUUGGCUGAAAGAACUUGUUCUUCCCAAAGUUACCAUUUUUAUGGACAGACAUCACUGGAGUCACAAAGAAUGGAAAAGGCUGGGACACUUUAUCCCACCCUAUGGGUGGAUGGAAUUGAAUUACACAGUGGUUAAGGCAGUGGUGUCAGCUCUCCCGCUCCUGUCCAAACAACAAAUCCUUCUGGUUAACAGCAGUACGGACCAUCGUUGUGUGAGCUGUGCAGUUAUUGGUAAUGGGGGUAUCCUGAAUGGAUCAAGGCUCGGCAAGGAAAUUGAUUCUCACGAUUACGUCUUUCGGGUGAAUGGAGCUGUGGUUGAAGGAUAUGAGGAUGACGUAGGGAAGCGAACCUCAUUUUAUGGUUUUACAGCCUUUACAAUGUUGUCUUCUCUCUAUCUGCUCAAAAACAAUGGGUUCUCCAAAAUCCCAAUGGACAAGGAAACAAAGUAUAUUCUUUUUACGGAGGGAAUGAGAGACUAUGAGUGGCUGAAAGCUUUGCAGCAAAACAAAGAGAUCAGCAAAGGAACGCUGGAGUAUUACAGACUUCGCCCGCGGGAUGACUUUGGAGCAUCUUUUGAUUUAAAGAGGUUGCUUGUUGCCCACCCAGAUUUUAUGAGGUAUCUGAAAAACAGAUUUUUAAGGUCUGAAUUACUAGAUGGAAAAUAUUGGAAUUUAUAUAGGCCAAGUACUGGUGCCCUAGUGCUGCUCACUGCACUUCAUCUAUGUGACACGGUCAGUGCGUACGGGUUUAUGACAGACGAUUACACUCGAUACUCGGAUCAUUACUAUGACAAGAACAAACUGAAGAUGACAUUGUACAUUAACCAUGAUUUCCUUCUAGAGCGAGAUUUGUGGAGACGCCUAAACAACGAAAAUAUUAUCAAACUAUAUAAGCGAACAUAA